CAUGCCAGAGAUCAAAUCAUGGCACGUUUGAUUCCACCUGGUAGUGAGAAAAAAAGGUUUUAUACUAAUAAAGUAUUUCCAGGGAUGGUUGGUGGUAUGAUAGUUGUAGGCUUUAUCAUGCUUUUGACCAGUGGCAUAGUGCUUGGAUGGAAAAACUAUCAUUUCAAAGUGACCAGAGGAGAGAAUAAGAGGCCAUUUGAGUGGUAUUUGGGGGCUGGAGUGUGCAUUACAGUGGCCAGCAUAGCCAGUUUUAUAGUGAUUAAAAGAGCAGAUUCUCCUCUUAUGAAGAAAUGUUCCCUAGUGUACAUCAUAAUUCUUGCUUUGGCCACCAUUUUCACUUUGGUUGCAGUCAUCACAAGUUUUACUUUAGAGCUUGAUGACAUGGAAAAUGAUAUGAAGAUCAAUAUUCAGGACUAUGGUUUAGGAAGAAAAAGAGAAGAGACAACGAAUAUCAACACGCUACAAAGUGAAGAGGAUUGUUGUGGAGUGAAUUAUUAUACUGACUGGAGAAAUACAAAGUUUGGAGGACGUAGAAUCUUCGCAGUACCAGACACCUGCUGUAAAACAAAUGAGUUUGGGUGUGGCUUUAAGUUUGAAACUGACGAUAUCAACCGCAGGGGAUGUUUAGAGGUGGUAAAGGGCUCCGUAGGAAAACGUCUAUUGGUAGUCAAGAUAAUGGGAUUCUUUUUCUUGUUGGUUGAGGUUGGCGUGGUGGUUGCCACGGCAAUCAUUUGGAAGAAAUACAUGAGUGAAUGGUGACUGACUGAUGACGGCUGAGAAGAAUCACAUGAACGCAUGCAUAACCCGUGAUUGUGGUCUAAACGCCUGACUGAUCACGUUAGUGUCAUGUGAUAUAAUGUCACUGCCGAAAACACAAUUAUGUUCAAUUUGCUGAUCUCUUUCGCCUCACUAAUUUAUCUUAGUGUUAAUUUUAGUGAGCAGAGAUUUUCGUGUCAACAACUGAGCCCCUAUUUCGCAUAUUUAUGUGGACGCAUAAUUUUGUGUUUUUGCCUAUGUUUAAAGGGGCUCUUUCAACUUUUAGCUUCAUUCUAAGAGGCAUUCAAUAUCAGCAAAAAUAGAACCUAAUAGUAUGUUCAAUAGCCCUCUUGACCACUAAAUCACGCGCGAGAAGGUUGAAAGUUAGGGUAGAGCACGAACAGUUGUACUGUUUUCUUUUCUCUCUAUUUUUUUUUGCCCAAGGAUCACAUCUUGAUAUUAAAUUGAGGAAAAAGAAAACAAAAUUUAAGCAGUACAGAGUUUCUUAAAAUGUCAAAUGUUUUGGUAGUACUUUGUAAUUGUAUGAAUGGAGUAUCUUAAGGUUUUUUUUUCUUUUUUAAGUUUAAAUUGUCUUUGGAUAGACACUAAAUUUCCUCUGCGCUCCUCUUAGCUCUAAACACUUUUUCUAGCUUAAAUAGUUGGAUUUGCUCAUUUUUUGUAGUUAUUGACCACCCAUGGUGGACGUUUAGUUUACGCAGUCAAUAAAAGCACUCAGGGGCUUUAGUG